AGAUCUAAAAUAUUUUUUACUUGAUCUGUUGCUUGCACGUGACCUUCCCUUCUCUGUGCCUGAUUGACCUCCGCUUGUGCCUCUCCUCCAAAACCCUGCUGUCAGUUCUCUGCACUGCCCUGGGUUUGGUAGCAUCAAUGGCGUUGAGGACUGCUUCAAUGAAUAUGAGGAACAAGCUAUUGCCCAUGUUCUCUGCAACUUCUUUGUUGCAUUCACAUGCCACCAGCUUUGGAUUUAAAGAAGUGCAAGAAGAAGAAAAAAGCCAGAUGGUUGGUAAUGUCUUCACCAGUGUUGCUUCAAGUUACGAUCUCAUGAAUGAUUUGAUGAGUGGUGGAUUGCAUAGAUUAUGGAAGGAUAGGUUGGUCUCUAAAUUGCAUCCAUUUCCUGGAAUGAAGCAUCUUGAUGUGGCUGGUGGAACAGGGGAUGUUGCUUUCAAGAUCCUAGAAACCAUAAACAAAAUGAAGCUCCGAACCAUGCACAAUGUCCCUGAAGACGAGUUACAGGAAGAAACUCAGAUAUACAUAUGCGACAUCAACCCAAGAAUGCUAGAUGUUGGUAAAAAGCGGGCCAUGGAGCAAGGUCUUGGAAAAGACCCAACUCUCUUAUGGCUGGAGGGAGAUGCAGAAGCCUUAAGUUUUGAUGAUGAUUCAAUGGACGGUUAUACAAUUGCUUUUGGGAUUAGGAAUGUCACACACAUAGAAAAAGUUCUUUCUGAAGCUUACAGGGUACUAAAACGGGGAGGAAGAUUCCUUUGCCUUGAGCUCAGCCAUGUGGAAAUUCCUGUAUUUAAGGAGUUGUAUGAUUACUACUCGUUUUCAGUCAUUCCAGCCAUGGGGGAGCUAGUAGCAGGUGAUCGGGCAUCGUACCAGUAUUUAGUUGAGAGUAUUCGCCGUUUUCCACCGCAGGAGAAAUUUGCUUCAAUGAUCGCAAAUGCAGGGUUUCAGAAGGUUGAAUAUGAAAAUCUUGUUGGUGGGGUGGUGGCAAUCCAUUCUGGGUUGAAAUUUUAGGGUUUGGAUCUGAAAUUCAACACCUGCUCACUGUUUUUCACUCAAUUUUUGGAACUAAUGGCCAUUUUUAGGUUAUUGUUGUUGUUAUGAAUUAUUUCAUUUAAUCUAUAAUUAAUUAAUCAAUUUUUUUAAUUUCAA